AUGAACGAAAAGAGGCCGUACGCGCGGGCAUCGCGCGGCGCAAAAGACCUGAACGCGAUAUGCAGACACGACGACGAUGCCUCGCCAGCAAUCGGCUCAUCUUCUUGCAAGCUCUGGCAACCGCCCUUUCCUGCAUCAGCAACAACGCCUGCCUUUCCGGCAGCGGCACGACUGCGGAACGAGAAAGAGAAGCGACUGCGCGGCAAAAAAAGAGAAAGGCCGUGUGCCAACGAGGAUGCCCAAAAAGCCCCUCGACGCUGUGCAACCAGUCGUGCGAAGAAGAAAAGGACCACACGGCUCGGCUGCGUGGAGAACGAAACCCGCGACAGGGCGGAGGGGAAGGCAGCGCGGCGGCGGACGUCUAAGCCGCUGCCGCUGCCGCCUCGGAAUGCGCUGGAAACAUCACUGCGGGCGGAGGCGACCUUCCUGCUGCUCAUGAACCUUGCGUUCUCGCUGCGCGCGACACUGAGGUCGCAGAUCCUCCAGAUUUUUCUGCUUUCCUUUAGCAAGUCGCGCGACGACUUGAGCGCCACAAGCCCGCCGACACCGGCGUCCACACGCUGCAGUCUCAACGGGGCGCGAAACGCCGACAGCAGCAGCACCGUCGUGGCUACUCUGCUCCACGCCGGCAAAAAAAUGUAG